AUGGAUUAUCUCCGUACCUUGGGAUCCGCUGCUGUAUCGACUCUCGUUCAGAAAUCCGGAUUAAAUCUCCCUUUUUCUCUCGGAGCCAAGCUUGCUCAAGUUGAGGGAUAUUACGCGUUAUACGAUGCAACUAAACGAGACGACGGCAGUCAAGUUUCAGUCUUCGAAUAUGACUUCAGUGAUUCGUCCAAGAAGAAUAUGAAACCGUUCGCGCAGAAUGCUCUCCGCAAGCUGCGAACUACUCGUCAUCCAGACGUUCUCAAAUUCAUGGAUGCUGUCGAAUCAGAUUCGUCCAUCUUCAUUAUGACAGAGCGCGUGCGACCGUUGCCUAGUGUGCUUCCACAAUACUCGACGAAGAAUGCUCAGGAAAGGGAAGAUUGGCUCAUCUGGGGACUACAUCGGAUCUCGGUCGCCUUGGCCUUUUUGAACGACCAGUGUCUCUCCACGCAUGGGAAAGUGGGCAUGAAUUCAAUUUUCCUAUCGCCAUCUGGAGAGUGGAAACUUGGAGGUUUUGAGAUUCUCAGCAACCCGAAGGAGGAUAACGCCAUUUUAUAUACAAUGGGUGGACUCUUACCCGGGUCAUCAGCCUACGCUCCUCCUGAGGUGAAGAAGAGUGGGUGGUCCAGCCUCAAAGAGUCUGAUCCUGCAGCGGCCGACGCUUAUACACUGGGACUGCUCCUCCAUGCAGUCUUUAAUCCCACACAGCCUCCCCCGCCGACAGCAGAACCUCCACAUCCGCCACCUGCCCCCUCUUCCCGGGCUGCCAUUCCUACAUCUGUGUUCCCUGUCUUCAAAAAACUUCUAAACCCGAACCCGAAGGGACGCUUACAUGCCAAGGGAUUCCUUGAGGUAGGCAUGUCAGAAACAGGAUUCUUCACGAACAACCGUCUUGUGAAGGUUUGUUCAGGGUUGGAUAACUUUGCACUCGCCAGUGAAUCCGAGAAAACUGCACUCUUAAGGACCCUGAAAGAGUCUGCGUCGUCGUUCCCUCCAGAGUUUGCCUCCUACCGGGUACUUCCCUCCCUUCUUUCUGCACUUGAAUUUGGAGGUGCCACAGCAGCAACCAUCCUUCCUCUUGUCCUGCAAUUUGGCAACAAUGUCGCACUGGAAGAAUAUUCUAAAGUUAUUCUAGCACCAAUAAUUAAACUUUAUGCUAGCCCCGACCGUGGUACUCGAAUGGCUUUGCUAGAACAUCUACCGGAAUACGCUGAUAAGCUAGACAAGAAGGCCGUCAGCGAAAAAAUAUUCCCUCAUCUUCAACUUGGCUUCACGGACACAGUGGCUCUUAUCCGAGAAGCGACUGUGAAGUCCAUCAUCUUGUUUGCGCCAAAGCUUACGGACCGCCUCCUCAACAACGAAUUGUUACGGCUACUAGCCAAAGCACAGACGGACAGCGAAGCAUCUAUCAGAACCAAUACCUGCAUUCUACUCGGACGUUUAGGUCCUUCUCUUGGUUAUAAUACGAAACGCAAAGUUUUGGUGCCUGCAUUUGCACGAGCGCUCAAGGACUCGUUUGUGCAUACCAGAGUCGCAGGAUUAAUGGCGUUUAUGGCAACGAUAGACUGCUUCGAAGUACCAGAGCUAGCCACAAAAGUGAUACCCAGCAUGGCAUUCACCCUGGUCGAUGAAGAAAAAUUGGUUCGUGACCAAGCAUUCAAAGCGCUGGAACUAUUCACAAAGAGGCUGGAAGAACACGUAGCCCAUAUGCCCGAAACAGCGAUUGUGCCCAACGGCGUCGAGGCCAUAACCAGUGCCGCACCCGUCUCCACAACUCUGGUCAAUUCUGCUGCUGGCGCAGCAGGAUCGCUGGCUGGCUGGGCAAUUUCAAGUCUUGGAAAGAAGCUUGCUGCCUCAGAUAUGCAAACACCGAUCAGCGCAACUGACGCGAAUAUCGACCGUUCACUCUCAGCUCCCAGCCCAGCCUCUUUGAGUAGUCAUAUCGGAGAAAUAUCUCGGCCCAUAUAUGCUACACUGUCGCAUUCUUCCUCUGCUGUUCCCAACUCUUCCUCGAAGGGUAAAGGAUUGCAAUUGGGUGCCAAUAAAGUUCCAGGAAAUGUAGCAAUGGGCAUUUUUGCUGAUCAGCUUGCCGAAGAGGCUGCUUCGGCUUCACUCGAGGGUGGCAAUCCAUGGGGCUCUGAGGACCUGAUGGACGUGCACGCGGACGAUGAUGACUGGAGUGCAUUUGAAACGGCCCCGACUACAACUCAAACGAAGUCAACUGUCGUGGUCUCAAGCUUCAUGGGUUCUCAACCUCAAACGCCUGUCAUUCCUGGUGGUUGGAGCUUGGGUUUGACAAAUGGCGGUUCGUCUACUCGCACACCCGCACCUUCAACACUGCACCCGACAAAGAAGGCAUCCACACAAAGGGCACAGUCUCCAAUUUCUCGACCUCUAUCGUCCCAAUCUUCUGGCCCGAUAUCACUGCAUUCAAGUUGGGAAGCGGAGAACGCCUGGGAUCUACCAGCGGCACCGAAGCCGACCUCUUCCCCCGCUUCCAGCAGCAGCACUGUACUUACGAAGGAAGAAAAAGCAUUGGAAAUGGCAAAGAGGAAAGAAGAACGCAAGCAGCGCAUCGCGAUGCUCAAGGAGCAGAAGAAGACGACCGCUAAAACAUGA